AUCUCCCUGAUAUACCGUGUUUGAGAAGCGCGGCGGAGACGCAGAUUUGGAGAGGAAGCGAAAAUGGUGAAGUUUUUGAAACCAAACAAGGCCGUGGUGGUGCUCAACGGCCGUUUCGCCGGGAGGAAGGCUGUGAUCGUCAAGCAGUUCGAUGACGGAACUCGUGACCGUCCUUACGGCCACUGCCUUGUUGCCGGAAUCGCCAAGUAUCCGAAGAAGGUGAUACGUAAAGACUCAGCGAAGAAGACGGCAAAGAAGUCGCGUGUGAAGGCAUUUAUCAAGCUUGUGAACUACAACCACAUAAUGCCGACGAGGUACACGCUCGACGUCGAUCUCAAGGAUGUAGUCUCGGUCGAUGCUCUCCAGUCGCGUGACAAGAAAGUGACGGCCUGCAAAGAGACGAAAGCACGUUUGGAGGAGCGUUUCAAGACCGGGAAAAACCGUUGGUUCUUCUCGAAGCUCCGAUUCUGAGGAAAAGAUGAGUUGCUUCAGGUGUCAGGUUUUGCUAUGUUUGUUUCCAAAUUUUAGUUGAUGAAUGACGAUGAUAGACCGAUUAAUGCUAGCUUACUUUCAUUUUAAAUUGAUUGAUUUGGUUGCAAGUCAAGAUACAUUUAAGAGGAUUAAUCUUUUGAACUACAUGUUUGUGCCU